CGAAGCACGAACGCAUACCCACCAAGCAGCCAACUGCCCUAUUCGCACUCGCCCAAGAAGCACGAAAAGAAACCCAUUCUUCUCUCUCCACAUCAACACCAAGCAAGCACAACCCACCAACACAAGAAAGAAUAUCGGCCAUGGAUACGCUUGUCAGCAAAUACGCCAACACGACCUCGUCCGCAGGAUUCGACAACGCAGACAAUCUCGGCGACAACCUCGCGGGAUGGGAUGCUGCCAACCAGUUUGCACUUCCUGCCUUUGACAUCCCCAUGGUUACCAACCCGGUGGACUUUUUGCGUGCUCAUACCGACGCCUCUGCAGAGAACCGCAUCCGCAUCCAACACGGAACCACGACUCUCGCAUUCAAGUUCCAGGGAGGAAUUGUCGUUGCGGUCGAUUCGCGUGCCUCAGGAGGAUCUUAUAUUGCAUCGCAAACGGUCAAGAAGGUUAUCGAGAUUAACCCGUACCUCCUCGGAACUAUGGCUGGUGGCGCUGCAGAUUGUCAAUACUGGGAGCGCGAACUCGGAAGGAGAUGCCGACUGUACGAGCUCCGCAACAAGGAGCGAAUCUCUGUAGCAGCCGCCUCCAAGAUUCUGAGCAACAUGGUCUACGAUUACAAGGGUAUGGGAUUGUCGAUGGGCACAAUGAUUACUGGAUGGGACAAGACAGGCCCACAGCUGUUCUACGUUGACUCCGACGGCACCCGUAUGAGAGGCGAGAGAUUCUCUGUCGGAUCAGGAUCGACAUUUGCAUAUGGUGUUCUCGACACAGGAUAUGACUACAACCUGUCCGUUCCAGAUGCGCUUGAGUUGGGACGCAGAGCCAUUUACCAUGCCACCCAUCGUGAUGCGUACUCUGGAGGAUCUGUGAACGUUUACCAUGUCAAGGAGUCUGGCUGGGAGUUCAAGGGCAACUUUGAUGUCGGCGAGCUCCACUGGGAAUAUCAAGCCCAGCCAAAGGGCCCAAUCGUAUAAAGCUGGAUCAUCAAAAGGACAAAAGUGUACAACAUGUAACAAGGACAAUGAAGAGAUCGCUACUUACGAUCUUUCUGUAUUACUGGUUGUUGAGAUCCGGAAUAAACUGGGAUUCAAAAUUGA